AUGCAAGCACUUACUUCCGCAUUCCUCUCUCGUUCCCUCGUCCCGACCACUUCUCCACGUCUACGACUGCGACCACGAUCAGCAGUUCCCAUGACUAUCGUUUGCAUGGACAAAUCACGCAAGGAGAAAGUGGUUGUGAUCAUGGGAGCCACGGGAUCAGGCAAGUCACGCCUCUCGAUCGAUCUCGCAACCCGUUUCUCUGGCGAGAUCAUCAACUCUGACAAGAUUCAAUUCUACAAUGGAUUGGAGAUCACUACAAAUCAGAUGAGCAUCCAUGAGCGAUGUGGAGUCCCUCACCAUCUCCUCGGUGUGCUCCCUCCAGAUGAUGGAGAGCUAACUGCCUCUGAAUACCGCUCUUUGGCGUCGCGGUCCAUCACUGACAUCACUGCUCGUGGAAAGCUCCCGAUUAUAGCUGGCGGAUCAAACUCCAUCAUUCAUGCCCUCCUUGUCAACAGUUUUGACCCCUUAACGUAUCCAUUCUCUCCUAAUGCCUCCAUUUCUUCCGACUUGAGGUACGAGUGUUGCUUCCUCUGGGUGGAUGUCUCAGUCUCGGUCCUCUUCGAGUCCCUCUCAAAACGUGUCGACCAGAUGAUGGAGUCAGGGAUGUUCGAGGAGCUUGCUGAUUUCUACAACCCGAGAUAUUCGGGUUCAAAGAACCAAACCGGGAUUUACAAGAGCAUAGGAAUACCCGAGUUUGACCGGUACUUCAGCUUAUACCCGCCCGAGAGAAACCACAAGGUGUCCGAAUGGGACAAAGCGAGAAAGGCGGCAUACGAGGAAGCUGUGCAAGCAAUCAAAGAGAGCACUUGGCUGCUUGCAAAGAAGCAGAUUGAGAGGAUCAAGCAGCUGAAAAGCAAUGGAUGGGAUAUUCAAAGGUUGGACGCUACGCCGUCGUUUGGAAGACCGUCAAGGGAGAUUUGGGACAAGACUGUUAUGGAGGAAAGCAUCAAGAUUAUGAAACGUUUCUUGGUGAAAGAUAAAGUUGGAGUUAUUGGUUAG